CUGGUCGCUCCUCAGUACUCGAUACUCGCACAGAGCUUUUUAGAAUUUGAUGGAUUUCGCGCCUCUAUAAAUUCUCCAAAAUUUCAAACUCGUUCCGAAAAAUUUCAAUCGCAGCAGCACACGGUUGAGGGAGAACAAGAGAUGAGGAAGAGGUCGACCAGGAAAUCAUCUGCGGCGGUGCUUCUAGCAACACCUCUGGCACCUCCGUCCACCGCAGCGCCUGGGAAAAGGAGCCGCUCUCUGUCGCCGGCGGAGUCUCCCGCAGUCAAAUUCGACUUCAAUCUGGACGGACUUGCCGAAAUCGCUUCGGCUCUGAAGAAGAAGAAGAGCAACAAAAAUGGCAGCGCAGUCGCGUCGAAUUCCAAGCGGAUGCAGCCUACAGGAUUCUCUAAUUCGCCGCCGAGAUCGCUGAAGAGCGUGAACACGAUUUCUGAUCUGAAGGAUCUCGCAUCCUCUAAUCUGGAAUCCAUCAAGCGUCAGCUGGAGCUAUCUCAUUCUGAGAUUCUGAAGGAUAUUGAGGCGUCUGAGUCUCGUCUUCAGAAGCGCUUCAAGAUUCAGACUCAGGCAUGUCAACAAGUGAUUGAUGAGGCAGAGAAAGAAUAUAAGAAGAUUUUUGAACGAAUCAAUGAAGGUAGAGAAGCAAUGAAGUUUGUAAAACAUCCAUCCCCGAGCUUGCAAAAACUACAGAGAAAAGCAUUGCUCUACUUAGGAGUCGAUUUGGGAUCUCAUCAGAUGCUGCUUGAAGUUGCUGAAAGUUCUACAAUGGCCUUUUUCAUUCCGGUUAUAUCCUUGGAGAUGGAGAUUACUAUUCAUUGGUGGUGGUUGAGUGACGUAAUUCUUGAGGGCGAUAAGCUUCGAUCUAUAUCCACCAACCAUUUGAGUACACAUGUUCCAAAACGAGAACUCAGUUGGAGAGUCAUGGGAAUCAUUACUCUGGCAAGAACACCCCCUCUACCAUUACCCCCUUCACUAACUUCAUCAAAAUACAGAACCCAUGUCCUAAUCCAUUCAUCCACACAAUCCAAAAGCUUCAAACAUGUCGGCUCAAUUUCAGCCACCUUAAACUCUCCCAAAGGCUUCGGGCCCAAACCAAAUAAGAUAAAAAACUCCAAAAAAUUGAAAAAGAACAAAUACGAAAGCCAAGAAGAAGAUGAGGAGGAGGAAGAGGAUGAUCGGGAAGAAGGCGUUAUUCCGGAGAUAGUGACGAAUCGGAUGAUAAGCAGAAUGGGCUUUUCUGUGGGGAUCCCACUUUUUAUUGGGCUCUUGUUCUUCCCCUUCUUCUACUAUCUUAAGGUUGGGCUGAAAAUCGAUGUUCCCACCUGGGUGCCCUUCAUCGUGUCCUUUGUCUUCUUCGGGGCAGCGCUUUUGGGGGUCAGUUACGGGAUUGUGUCCGCCAGCUGGGAACCGUUGAGGGAAGGCUCGCUGCUGGGCUGGAAUGAGGCCCGGAAGAAUUGGCCCGUUUUCUGGGGGUCGAUCUGGGGAGGGUCCAAGAACAAGUCG